AUGAAGGAGGAAAGCACGUGCCCGGAUUCCCCCGAGGGCAGCGCGGCCAGCAGCGAGGAGGAAGGCGAGCGAGGGCGCAAGAAAUGCCCGCGCAAGCGCGGCCAGGCGUGCGCCGGCGCCCCGUCCCCGCAGGGCAAGCGGAGCAAGCGGAGCCCCGCGCCGCACUCCUUCGAGGACGCGCACACGCAGCGGGUGAUCGCCAACGUGCGCGAGAGGCAGCGCACCCAGUCGCUCAACGACGCCUUCGCGGAGCUGCGCAAGAUCAUCCCCACGCUGCCCUCCGACAAGCUGAGCAAGAUCCAGACGCUCAAGCUGGCGGCGCGCUACAUAGACUUCUUGUACCAGGUGCUGCAGAGCGACGAGCUGGACCACAAGGUCGCCAGCUGCAACUACCUGGCCCACGAGAGGCUCAGCUACGCCUUCUCCGUCUGGAGGAUGGAAGGGGCUUGGUCCAUGUCGGCAUCCCACUGA